AUGCAGCGGGUGAAGACAAAGCAUGCAGCGGGUGAGGAAGCUCCAACUAAAAAUUUCACUGCAUUUAAUCCUAUUGAUGAUGGCAUUCCCAAAACUUACCAUUAUCCUAGUUAUUCGCAAGAAGAGAACGCUGCGGCCAAUUUCUACCAACUUCCUGUUUUCUCACCUGAUGUCUCCAAUCAAUUUGCAGUACCUCAACCGAACAAUUGCGAUAAUGUGGAAUUCUCAAAAAGCGACGAUAUCCUCGAUAUCUCUGAUUUAACGCCAUUACAGUCACAUACUAUUUCUACUAGCAAAGGUCAAGCAAAUAAAGAUUCGAAGUUUGGACAUGCUUCUUCCGAUACAAGAGAUGAUGGAUCUGGUCCAAGUUCAGUAAUCCAACAGUAUCAGUUGUCCAGUCAAGCAAAUAAAGAUUCGAAGUUUGGACAUACUUCUUUCGAUACAAGAGAAGAUGAUGAAUCUGGUCCAAGUUCAGUAAUCCAACAGAAUGAGUCGUGCAAUGGGGAUCUUCCAGCAAACUUUGAUAUCUUCAAAAACUUCGAUUUGGCUCUAUCAGAUGAUGAUAUUCAAAUGUAUGACCAUGAAUGGGAAAAUAAUAAUGAAUUACGAAGAACUUAUAAAGAAUUGUUUAACGACUUUGCGCUCCAUCUCCCGUAG